AUGAGGUUCGCCCAGUUGUUGUUGAAAAGCGGCUCACUGGCUGGGAUACCCAAACAAGUGGAGAGGUUUUCCAAGUUUUCCCCUUCUCCUUUAUCCAUGAAGCAGUUCAUUGACUUUGGUUCUGCCAAUGCAUGUGAGAAGACCUCCUUCGUGUUCCUGCGACAGGAGCUUCCUGUCAGACUGGCCAACAUCAUGAAAGAAAUCGACUACCUCCCUGACAAACUCCUCGGCACUCCAUCUGUAAAGCUGCUGACCAGCUGGUACUCACAGAGUUUGAUGGAGCUUAUAGAAUUUUUAGAAUUUGAUCCAGACGAUAAGGAUGUUUUAAAAGGCUUCACCAAGACGCUCAUAAACAUCCGAAACAGGCAUAACAACGUGGUGCCGACCAUGGCUCAGGGUGUGCUGGAGUACAAGGAGGCUUUCGGCGUGGACCCCGUCACGAACCAGAACGUCCAGUACUUCCUGGACCGCUUCUACAUGAGCCGCAUCUCCACACGCAUGCUCAUGAACCAGCACACAUUAAUCUUCGACGGCAGCGUGAACCCAGCCCAUCCCAAACAUAUCGGCAGCAUUGACCCCAGCUGUGACGUCGUGGAGGUAGUAAAAGAUGCCUAUGAGACCUCAAAGAUGCUGUGUGAGCAGUAUUACCUCACCUCUCCUCACAUGGAGAUCAGGGAAGUCAACUCUAAAAACCCUGGCCAGCCCAUCCACAUCGUGUACGUGCCGUCCCAUCUCUACCACAUGCUGUUCGAGCUCUUCAAGAACGCUAUGAGAGCUACUGUGGAGACCCAUGAGACGAGCCCGGCGUUGCCUCCAAUCAAAGUGCGUGUCGCACUGGGACAUGAGGACCUCACCAUCAAGAUGUCCGACAGAGGAGGCGGAGUCCCCCUGAGGAAGAUUGAACGUCUCUUCAGCUACAUGUAUUCCACAGCUCCCAGUCCCGUCCAUGUCGACAAUUCUCGUAACGCUCCUCUGGCUGGUUUCGGUUACGGCCUGCCCAUUUCCCGCCUGUAUGCCAAGUAUUUCCAGGGGGACCUGCAGCUCUACUCUAUGGAGGGCUACGGCACCGCAGCUGUCAUAUAUUUAAAGGCCUUGUCCUCAGAGUCGGUGGAGAGGCUUCCUGUGUUCAACAAGUCCGCCCUGCGGCAUUACCAGGCCAGCAUAGAGGCCGACGACUGGUGCAUGCCCAGUAAGGAGCCAAAGAAUCUCGGCAAGUUUGAGAGGACCCACUGAUGGUGGAGCUGCGGGGGACGAGGAGGACACUGUAGUUGGAGACGAGUCGAGGAGGAGUGUGAGAAGUCACCAGCAUAUAGUUGAACUUGGAUUUGUGUUUUGAAACCCGCAGAAGAGAAAUGAAAGAACCUGAACCAGAUGUCAGAUAAUUCAGCUCAACAAAACCUCAAACUGCACUUAUUAUUGUUGGGUUUAAAGCUGUUUUCUCCACAUGAACGCCAAAGAUGGUGAAUGUUUGAACAUUUUCUUCUGGACGUUUUUCUGCCGCUGUGCUUCACUCGAGUUCUUCACAGCUGAGAGCAGAGAAUGUGGUUCUUUAACAAUCGUUCAGUCUGGAUAGAUCAGCAACGUAUAGCUGAACCAACAAGAGUUCAAAGCAACUUUUACCAGGAUUCACAUUUGCUUCAUUUGCUGCAAAUCCUCCAGGUUUGCUGCUACAUCACACACCGGGCCUUCAGCUUUGAAGUGGUUGCUGCAGACAUUUGCAUUCUCUCAAGCUGCUUUUAGGAAAUCUCU